GUCAUACGAUUAUUGAUGAAUAUUAAACGUGAUUGCGAAACUUUAUAUAAUCUGUUUAUUUAUAGACCGCUGAAGCUGCAGUAUGCUUCGAGCGUUCUCGGGUUUAUAAUGUUAUUAACGGCGCUGGUGAUAAGCUUUCUUCUGAUUACUCAUGGAAGCAGUUCCGUGUUGAACAUUAUUCCGAAACAGUACAAUGUGCAAUUCGAAACUGACAUUGGAAGCGACAAUUAUAAUGGAACCGUUUGGAUAGAUCUGGAAGUUUUGUUACCGGUGGAACAGUUUGAGCUCCAAGCUCGGAAUCUGACGAUCGAAGAUGUCUCACUUAACAGUGGGGAACUGGUUUAUCCUACAAAAUUUAGAAGAUUUGCUAAUGCUACUAUGCAGUUAAGUUUGAACGAGUUGCUACCCACGGGAACCUAUCAAUUGAAGAUCACGUUCACUGGCAGUAUGUCCGAAUACGAUGUGAUGUUCAAAGGAUCUUACCAACGGGACGACAACUCGACCAGUUAUUAUUUGAUGAGCAAACCAAGAAAGUCGCACUUCAAUGAGGCUCCAAGUGCAUUUCCCCACUUGGGUGAGGAGCUCAAAGCGACGUUUAAGAUUUCCGUCGCUCAUUAUGAAAAGCUGCACGCAUGGUCCAAUAUGCCUUUACAGAAACCUCCCAAGCCACACGAUCGCGAAAACUACGUGGUAUCAUGCUUCCAAGUAACCCCGAAAAUGCACGUCUACGAUGUCGGAUUCAUUGUUGCUGAGUUCGAUUCAAAGAAGUUUGGGAAUUUGACGGUGGUGGCUCGUGAAGAUAUUUUACAAUAUACUCAGUAUGUUGGAUACCUUGGCAAUGAACUAGUGAGAAUCAUGGACGAACAUGCUGCUACUGACUAUAGCGGGCCUAUCCCAGACUUCGUUUACAUAGUUCUUCCACGUGAUCUCGGUUUGCAUAAUUUGACAGAAUUUGAGCGAAUGUUCGUUCAAGAGGAGUAUAUGGUGUUUAAUAAAGAAAAGCAUGAUUUCAACCGACUGUAUAAGGUGCUUGAGCGCUCUAGUUAUAGAUUGAUGCUACAGUGGUUUGGCAAUUUGAUAGCACCCGAAGAAGAACGUCUUCAUCAGGCAUUUUCAAAUGUUUACACUUAUUUUAACGCAGAAAAGGUGUAUCCCGAAGAAUUUAUUAUGCUCGCUUAUCAGAUAGACGUCUUGCAAGGAUCACUGCUUGAUAAUCAUGAAAGUUCAAGUUGUGUAUUAAAUAUGUUUUGGUUGAUGGUGCUAGAUGAAAAGUGGCGCGUAGUCAUGAGGAAAUUGAUGAAGAAUCGGAAACCACGCACGUUGACUACUGCACAGUUGUGUUUGGAGGCACAGACAUCAUGGCCAGAGGACUAUAAUUUGCCAGAAGGUACAUCCCUUGAAUCGAUUUUUAACCAAUGGAUGUACAGCGAUGCAGCACCUCCCGUAUUGAACGUUCAGCGUCUUUAUUCCGAAGGAAAUGCCAUUCUUUCACAAAAUGGAUUGGUGAAGGUGCUUCCUUACAACUACGCCACAGAAUAUUCGCAUUUCAACCAAUUGGGUCCAUUCCAGUGGCUCGUUGGUCAAAAUGCAACUGUUCAAUUCGGCGGAUCGGACGAUCACUGGCUCAUACUGAAUAAAGAAGAAUUCGGUUACUAUCGAGUAAAUUACGAUGAAAGCAACUGGCAGCUGAUCUCUGGAGCCCUCAAAUCGAACGCUUCUGGUAUUCAUCGGUUGAGUCGAAUGCAUUUACUAGAUGACGCUUUGUACUUUGUUAAGAAUGACCAACUUAAUGCGACAAUAUUCUUAGAUUUAAUUACAUACCUAAGGGGAGAAACAUUUUACGUAGCAUGGUACAAUGCAUUCAACAUAUUAACGUCUGGGUAUUAUCCUGAGAUCGAUCCACCGAAUCUCAUCAAGAACUUUCUCCUGCACUUAAUUGAUCCGUAUUAUCAAAAAUAUGUAACACAAAAUUAUUCUAAAAGCACUCCACAAAUGGAGCUCUACAUACAUUCCAAAAUAGCAGCGCUAGCGUGUUGGCUAGAUAAAGAAGAUUGUCUCCAACACGCUCGAUCUACAUUCCAACUGGCAGUUGCCAACGAUGCUGCCGUCGAGCCGAACUGGUCCCCAACGAUCUACUGUUACGGCCUACGGAAUGCCAGCGAUGAGGAAUUAGAAUGGCUGCUGACUAAACAAGCCGAAGACUUAUCUCAAUCCAUUGAGUACUUGAGAUGCGUCAAUAGCAAGAAACACCUACGGCGUGUAUUGGAAGAGCUUGCGGAACAAGAUGAUUUCACGACAAUCACCCACUUCGUGCGACUAUUGGACGAGACCGGAUUCCAAAUGCUUCAUGCACUGUUGGAGAGCGAUGCGGCCUUGGUUCAACUCUUGGAAAAAUCAACGAUCGAGCUAUCCCUGCUUUAUUUGUCCAGAAUUACAAAAAGUGCAAAAACGUUGGCGUUGAUUGAUGAUUUGGAGCAGAAACUGGAGCUGGACAUUGCCGAAAAAGGUCAGGGAUCAACUGAGGGUAAUAUUUGGACUAAGCCAGGGGUUGUCGAUUACAUCGAACGGUACAUGCAAGAGUUCAAGAAAUAAACUGUCAAAAAAUUAAACAAAUGUAGAACAA